AGGUAUUACGACUGUAAGUGAUUUGCGGAGCUUACAGACCGGCUCACCGUCAAACUGCUGACUCGAAACACGAAACAUGGUCCGUUUUAACGAAUGGACGUCCGUGGGAAGCGCGUCUCACACUGACGGGAACACCGCACGGGAUUUAAAGCGUUUAUAGAGGGGAUUCGCGAUGACGGUUCCGGUGAAUGGGUUUUAGUAUAUGAAUUAAAUGGCUGUGAUCAGAUCAUGGCUUGCUUUAAACGCGUAUCGUGUGAUUGAUUACCGACUGUGAUUGUAGAGCGAAGGGCUUUCGGCUGACCCGCCGUUUGAUUGCUGGAAACACUGAUUCAACAGCACAGCGAAUCAAGAUGACAGUGGAAAAUACAACUAUCAAAAGUCGGAUUAAAAAUCUGCUACGGUCACCUUCCAUCAAAUUGAGAAGAAGUAAAGCUGGGAACAACAAAGAGAAUCUCAGUAAUAAGGUGACAUUGGAGAAAGUUCUAGGAAUCACUUCCGCUGGGAGUCGUGCUUUGGCAUGUGACCCACACUCAGGACUAAUUGCCUACCCUGCCGGGUGUGUGGUGGUGCUACUGAACCCUAAGAAGAACAAACAGCAUCAUAUCAUCAAUAGCUCCCGGAAGACCAUCACUACAGUCUCCUUUUCUCCGGAUGGCAAAUAUGUGGUCACAGGCGAGAGUGGUCAUAUGCCGGCGGUGCGUGUCUGGGACGUGGCGGAAAGGACGCAGGUGGCCGAGUUACAGGAACAUAAAUACGGCGUGGCGUGUGUCUCUUUCUCCCCCAACAGUAAAUACAUCGUCAGCGUGGGCUAUCAGCACGACAUGAUCGUCAACGUCUGGGCCUGGAAGAAAAAUGUUGUGGUCGCUGCCAACAAGGUGUCCAGUAAAGUGACGGCGGUGUCUUUCUCAGAUGACAGCUCGUACUUUGUUACAGCCGGAAACCGACACGUCAAGUUCUGGUAUCUUGACCACACCAAAUCAUCCAAGGUGAACGCCACAGUGCCGUUAUCGGGCCGCUCUGGUCUUCUAGGAGAGCUGAGGAAUAACUUCUUCAGCGAUGUUGCGUGUGGAAAAGGCCGGAAAGCGAGCAGUACGUUCUGCAUCACUACCUCUGGGCUGCUCUGUGAGUUCAACGACAAGAGAAUGCUGGACAAGUGGGUGGAGCUCAGGACCAGUAUGGCCACGUCUCUGUCGGUCAGCGAGGACCUGAUCUUCUGUGGCUGUGCUGACGGGACUGUGAGAGCCUUCACCCCCACCGACCUGCACUUUAUCUGUACCCUUCCUCAUCCCCACAGUCUGGGCACAGACAUCGCCACGCUCACUGAGGCCAGCCACCUGUUCUCCUACAAGCAGAACGUGCGCUAUCCUGACGCCGUGGCCGUGUCUUAUGACCCCAGUAGCCGAUGGCUCUCCUGUGUCUACAACGAUCACAGUCUGUACGUGUGGGACGUCCGGGACCUGCGGAAAGUGGGCAAGGUUUACUCUGCUCUCUACCAUUCCUCCUGCGUGUGGAGCGUUGAGGUUUACCCAGAGUCGAGGGAUGGAGAGCAGCCGCGUUUGUCUCCCGGAUCCUUCCUCAGCUGUUCAUCUGACAACACAAUCCGUUUGUGGCACACAGACGUCCAGAACACCAGCCUCAGCCGAAACGUCAUCAGCAAUGAUCUCCAGAAGAUCAUUUACAUGGACAGCAACACCUCCACCCUGCUGGACACAGACUGCACCAUCUCCAGUAACUCGGAGAAGGUGGACCCACAGACCUCAGAGAACCGCACUGGCAUCAGGACCAUGUGUGUGAGUCCAGACGGGCUGCAUCUGGCAUCAGGAGACCGUAACGGCACACUCAGAAUCCAUGAUUUGGAGAGCAUGGAGGAGAUUCUGGAUGUUCAAGCCCACGACUCUGAGAUCUUGUGUCUGGAGUACUCCAAACCUGAAACCGGCCUGAAACUGUUGGCCACGGCUAGCAGAGACAGACUGAUCCAUAUUCUGGAUGCGGAUAAGGAAUACAGCCUGCUGCAAACACUGGAUGAACACUCUUCCUCCAUCACUGCUGUCCGGUUUGCUGCUAAUGAAGGAAAAGUCAGAAUGAUCAGUUGUGGUGCUGAUAAGAGCAUCUACUUCCGCACAGCACAGAAGACUGAGGAGGGAACAGCGUUCACACGUACUCAUCACAUAGUGAGGAAGACCACUCUGUAUGACAUGGACAUCGACCCUACGCGGAAGUAUGCUGUUAUUGGCUGUCAGGAUCGCAGCAUCAGGAUCUUUAACAUCGGCAACGGCAAACAGAAGAAGGUUUACAAGGGAUCCCAAGGGGAGGACGGGACCGUUAUCAAGGUUCAGACAGAUCCAUCUGGCCUCUAUGUUGCCACGAGCUGCUCAGACAAAAACAUCAGCAUCUUCGACUUCUACACUGGAGAAUGUGUGGCCACCAUGUUCGGCCACUCUGAGGUUGUAACAGGAAUGAAGUUUACUAAUGACUGCAGACAUCUGAUAACUGUGUCUGGAGACAGUUGUAUCUUUGUGUGGCGGCUCUCUCCUGAGUUGACCAUCAAUAUGAGACAACGGCUCUCAGACCUGAAACAGAACAGCAGGCCUGUACAGAAGACUCCUCCAAACAAACAACACACACUUAGUACAAGGAAAGAAAUCCACAGCGCUCCAGUCAUUGGCACCAUGUCGUCCGACAGUGACAAAGAUGUGGAAGAGGAAGAAGGCAUCGAGGAGGAAGAUGAGAUGUUCCCUCACUUAUCAUCAGGCAGCAGUGCUGGUGAGGACACAGGAUCUUCUGAAGAAAAGCACAACACUCUCAACUCCCACAUGAAGAAGCAAUCUAGCAGCUCUGAACAUGAGAGUUCAGGUUCACGGCCGAGACGGCGCUGGUCCAGGAGAAUGGGCAGUAUCGAUCUAAAGGUCAAAUCCAUGUUGGACCUAAGGCAGCUGGAGUCUUUCGCCAUGCCCCUGUUCCCAAGCAAAUCCCAUGAUGCUCCAAAAGACCCUCCAGCACCUAAGAAUCAAGAUCUCGGCAGCACCAUCAGUUUGCAGACCCUCGCUGCAUGGAUGCCUGAAGAGAAUGGACAAACACGUCCUCAUUACAUCCAGCUGCCUCCUCAAACCCCAGAGACAGAGGUGCUGUAUCCUGAAGGAUGUGAAGACCAAAGCAGUCUUGCCGGCAGUGAGUAUCAGGUGAAAAAGUUACCUCAUGGAGUGAGAUGCUCUAAAGUGAACUCCUGUCCUGAGAAGCAGAGUCCAGACAGCGCCUGCUCUAUGGAGUAUUCCAGCAGCCGCCUGUCCAGCCCAGAACACCCUGGAGAAGACUCUGAGCCUACCGAGCCGCUGAGUGUAGACGGAAACUCAUCAGAACUGGAUAUGGAGGAUCUGGAUGAGGAAGAGGAAGACGGUUUGAGGAAGAAUGAUGGUCAGACUCCUGUACCUCAGACCCCAGACCAGGAGGCUUUUCUUAAGAGGCACUUUGCAAACCUGUCAGACCUCAACAACCCUGCAAGUCCAACUAGAGUAACUCCAAAUAUUUCUGACAGCAUGUCUUCAAAGUUCCUCUCGCAGAACUCUCCUAGCAGAACUGCAUUCCCAUUCCCCUCAAACAAAAACAGUGACAUUAAAACCGCCAGUGGAGUAGUACGGCCCCUCGUCUCAGAAGUGCGGCCCCUCAUGGAGAAUAAGAGUCCAUUCAAACAGCAGGAAUCCCAGAGCUCUGAGAGGUCAUCAUGUCAGCGUUUAAUCCAGAAGAAACGCACACCUGUGAUGGACUCCCGCAGACUAAUCAGCCCUGUCGCUAAAGCGGCCGCAAAUCACAACAGUUCUGCAGGCAUGAGGAAAGCUCAGUCCAUCCACAACAUCUCCUCUGAAGCUGAUGCGGUUCAGACAUCCAGUCUUCCUUCUAAGGAAGUUCAUCCACAGCCCCAAGCCUCUGAAAGACCACGGCGUUCCCUUCCCACCGUCCCGCUCAUCAGCCCCACGUCUGCCCUGCAGAGGGACAACACCACCACACCUACCAAGUUAAAGGCACGUUCCUACAUGAGUCCCACCACUAGCUCGAUGGCCAAGAUCUCCCGCUCUGCUUCUAUGGGCGACAACUUGAAUGUUGUAGAAAUAGGAGAAGACACAGGAUCUUCAGACCGGGGUUCUUGUUCGGACUCUUCCAACUCCCGAAGCUCCUCACAGAGCAAGCCAACCACUCCUGUUACCCAGCAGGUCCCUUGCCCUAAUACUUCAACCUCUCCAUUUCCAGGCCCCUACACUCCUCAUGCGGCAGUCGUACCCACGCUGAGUGCUGGCUCUGGAAACUCUUCCUCUAAAGGUUUCCAGGUCAAACUGACUGGCAGUGCUCGACCCCUGCUCCAUAUAGACAUACCCAAUCCUCUUCCUGAUAAACCCUUCUUAUCUUCCCUCUCGCCAAGCAGCAAGAGCCCCAAGGUUGCACAAAAAGAGCCCUUAAGUAGAAACCCAUCGAUGACUCCUUCAGCAGUUCAGAUUCCCAGCGGCAUCAUUCAGCCAGUCGCAGCUGUUCAUUUGAGCCCAUCUGAAACCCCAGACCAGAUUGAACUCAGUAUGGUGCUUGUUCCCAGUCAGACUAAAAACUUAACAGAUGUUGAACUUCAACCGGAUGCAGAGCCAAAUAAUGAGGAUACUUCUGAGGCGGAGUGCUCUCCCAUGAGCCAGUGCAGUCUUCUUCAGUCUUCAUCAGGAGCUCAACACUCAGGUUUGCCAGGACACCAGUCUUCCCUCACUCCAUCUUCUGUUUUGCUACGUCUUGGGCUGUCUAAACACUUUUUUACCAAAGGGCUCUGGCCUCUCUCACCUUCCACGUCUUCCAUCACUUCCUUCAUCUCUUCUCCACCCUCUCCAUCCAUUAACCAUUACCAUCUGCAGGAUACAUCUCUCAGCGUGGAUGCCUGUAGGGUGGUUGCCAAUGAAUUGCAGAACAGUUUUAAAAGAGCCUCCCACCUCUACAAAAUGCUAAGCAGUUCCACCGACUCCAGCGAGGAGCAGCAGGAAAUGUCUCGAGUGCUGUCUGAAGCGUUCGAGGCCAUGAGAGAUGAGCUGAAUUGUCUGCCACCAUACACUCCGCCAAAAUCGCCCAGUGCUAAUGCUGUGCACACUUUAGCUAACAGCGAGCCAACACUGGGUGACGACAGGACACUAGCCCUUCUGGAGCAGUACUCCAAACUGCUGCUCAGCGCCGUAGAGAAGAGGAUGGACAACAAAAUCUGACCACUCCAUACAGAUACCAGGAUAUCAAGCCAUUUUAGAUAGCGAGGAGCUUUUAAUAAAGAAAUUAGAAAGAAAUUCCACUAUCCUACCUCCCUGUUUAGCAUGCUACUAUGGCAGCAACACGUCCCUCACUUUUUCCUCACCUCUUCGCAAAAUUUCCUGCCCUGCUACUAGAAACGUCAUGGUGACCUAGACGUCAUCGAGGAAGAAUUGGAUAUGUCCAUUGACCGCAUGGUACAGAAAAAUGGAUUCAACAGUCAGACGUUUUAUAUACACACACAAUAUUUUGAUGUUGAAAACAGUAGUUGAGAGAAAUCUCCAACAAACGUAAUCUAUUUGAACACUGGGUUUGAUAUUUUAAGACAACGAUCAGCGCUCUCUUUCGAAGGGACAGGUAUCCCUAGAAGUCUUAUCAAGGUUUGUCACACUUUGACCUUUUAUUAUAGAAUGAUUUUUUAUAUAUUGUAUGUUGUGUUUGUGUUGAUACUCUCAAGUUGAAUUGGGACGUCGGGGGUGUGUAUUUAUUCUCAUCUGAUAGGUCAAUGAGUCGCACAGAAGCUCUUCAAAGCGUGUUUGUUGUACAGUGUCAAUCUUCUGAUUCCCAGUAGUUUCGGUUGGGUGAAAAAUCUGGGAGACUUUUUGAAGGAUGAAUUGGAAUCGCUUUUAUUUGCAGGACUUUUUCUUUUGUAUGUACUUGAAUGGUAACUGUCUCAUGGAUACGGGUGCCUUAAUCAUGACCAGCAAUUUGUUUGAAGGAAUAAAUCUGGCGUUUGUAAUUCAACCAAGCUAUAUAAUCGAAACGACCAGUGAUUUCUGGAUGUUAUAAUUGAUUCAUUCCAGGUUGCAAUUGGUGACUGCCAUAAAAACACUGAAUUGACACUAAAGGCUGAUUGAUGCCUCAUUCACACUAGCAGUGACUUUGUAGCUGCCUGUCGCUCUGGGAGUGAUCUGCCGCUAACGCAGGUCAGUGUAGGUCUAUAGCACGGAGAAUACAACCGGCCUCUGAGCGAGCUGAGAGGAUUACGUAAGCUCCACUGGUGCUCCUAUUGGUUGUCGCUCAAGAAAGUCACUCUUCAUUUGCAUAAAGUUGAAGGAUUCUCAACUUUGUAGCAUUGCUCAACACGCUCACCUGAUCACCAGCGGUCGCUGUCGCUUAUGUAGACAGAGGUUGCAGGAAGUCCCUCACUCUGUUGAAAUGAACAGUCGCUUGUCACUUUGCUGCUAUGAGUCGCUCGUAGUGUGAAUGAGGCUUUAUACUUCUGCGUCAAGCGCAGCCUUCACAUGGUCGCAAAGCCCUCGCCGUGGCUGAUGCCGACGCUGAUGCGCACCUCUCAAAAAAAUGUAACUACACAUCUCAACGACGUGUAGCACAAACUCUGUGAUUGGUCGGCUUGGUAUCGAUGAUGAGUGUGGGCAGUGCUGAGAUCUGCAAGCCCAAAGGAGCAAGUGCUUACAAGUGUGGAGUCUCGUGAAGGAGCUCCAGGUGGAAACUUUUGUUUUGUGUUUGCCUUAUGAUUUAAGUUGUUGCACGUCUGCCGGUUCCCAUCUCCGAAUAAACGAGUUUUAGCUACUUGCAGAGUAUAUAAAAAACAAAACACCCCCAAAGAAACUCAACACAGAAGAACAUAAAAACCUACUGCCAGCUAGUGUUUUGGAGUUGUUAUUGCAGAGCAACACAAACAGCGCACAGAAGUAUAAAGGCUAGUUUACACUUCUGUGUUGAGUGAUCGACGUGAACAAAGGUGCAUGCUUUACGCACUGCCGUGCAUUUAUAUUUCUGCAUGCUGUUUGUGUUGCUCUGCAAUAACAUCUCCAAAACUCUAGCUGGCUGUAGGUUUUUAUGUUCCGCUGUGUCGAGUUUCUUCGCUGGUGUUUUGUUUUUUCUGAAUGCUACCUUAAUGUACAAGUAGCUAAAACUUGCUCAUUCAAAGGCAGGAACUGGCGGGCAUGCAACAACUUUAAUCAUAAGGUAAACACAAAACAAAUCUUUCCAUCUGGAGCUCCUUCACGGGACUCGACACUUGUAAACACUCCAACAGGUUCGCUCGGCUCUCGGUCCCGCCUGCACUCAUCACUGCUACAAAAUUAAGCAAUCACAGAGCUUAAGCUAUGCGUCAUUACAACGUGUAGUUACAUUUUUUGAGAGGUGCGCGUCAGCGUCGGUGAGGGCUAUGCGUCCGGCUCAGCCUUCGCGUGGUCAUAUCGCUCCCGCCGUGGCUGACGCGAACAUGAACCUCUUAAACGACAUGUAGCGCAAGCUCUGUGAUUGGUCGGCUUGGUAGCUGUGAUGAGUGUGGGUGGUGCUGAGAGCUGCAAGCCCAAUGGAGCGAGUGUUUACAAGUGUGGAGUCCCGUGAAGGAGCUCCAGACGGAAACUUUUGUUUGUGUUUACCUUUAGGAUCAAAGUUGUUGCACGUCUGCAGUUUCCUGCCUCUGAAUAAGCGAGUUUUAGCUACUUGUACAAUAAGCUAGCGUUCAGAAAAAACAAAACACCCGUGAAGAAACUCGACACAGAGGAACAUAAAAACCUGCUGCCAGCUAGUGAUUCGGAAGUGUUAUUGCAGAGCAACACAAACAACACACAGAAGUAUAAAUGCACGACUAUGCAGAAGGUAGGCACCGUAGGUUACAGUGAUCACUCAACAAAGAAGUAUAAACCAGCAUUCAAAUGCAUGGCUAUGCGCAAGGCAAGCGUCAUGGGUCACACCGAUCACUCGAUGCAGAAGUAUAAAUCAGCCUUAAGAAAGAUGAUGCAAUGGAAAAAUGAAAAGAAAAGUUUCUUGAACUUCUGUGCACAAAUUAUGAGAAAAGUUUACAUAUUUUCCAGAGCUUUUGGUUUUGAAAACAUCGUCUUUUUCAGAGUGCUUUCCAGUGAUGACUUCUUAAAGGUUUGUUUUUAUUGUUAUGUCAUUUACUCUAAAGCAAAAAAAAGGUCAUUCUGUAAUCCACAACCCAUCUUGCUCCUUUCUGUUUACCGUAAUUCUGUACAGCGAGACACUUGUUUGUCAUUAAGCUUAAAUCAACUGAUGAAUAAUGUUAAAUGUACUGUAACUUCCUAUAUAGAUGGACCUGCACAUAUUUUCUAGUGUCCAGCUCUGCUACUGAUGAUCCCGAGCUGAAGCGAGGUGUACGCUGUACGAAUUUGGGAUAUUAAACGAACCUUGAAUUUUGAUUCGAUCGCAUAGAUCGGACAUGCUGUUUGAAAAGGAUAAAUGUGAGAACGUGGCAUGAUUGAUAUUGUACGCUUUCAGUUGUCACCAAAGAUCAUACAGUUGAUGUCAUAUAGUUGCCUUUUAUACAGGGUCAUACUGUAAGAUCUGGCAAAAUAUGGAUUAUAAAAUGGCACAGUGUACACCCAGCUUAAAUCAACACUGCAACUAGUUCAGUCCAGCUGCAACUUGCCUGGUGCCUGAGAUGCAUAAAUUAUAUUUACUGACUCGAAUCUUGAAUCUUUUGACGAUUAUUAGAUUUAUUAAAGGUGUAGUUCAGCCAGAAAUUGAAGAAAAAUGCCUCAUUUAUUUUCCCUCAUGUGGUUUUAAACUGGUGGCAUGGUGGCUCAGUGGUUAGCACUGUCACCUCACAGCAAGAAGGCCACUGGUUGGAUUCCUAACUGGGCCAGUUGGCAUUUCUGUGUGGAGUUUGCUCUCCGGGUGCUCCGGUUUCCCCCACAGUCCAAACACGUGCUGUAGGUGAAUUAGAUCAACUAAAUUGGCCGUAGUGUAUGGGCGUGUGUGUGAAUGAGUGUUUCCCAGUACUGGGUUGCGGCUAAAAGGGCAUCCGCUGUGUAAAACAUAUGCUGGAAUAGUUGGCGGUUCAUUCUGCUGUGGGGACCCCUGAUAAAUAAGGGACUAAGCCGAAGGAAAAUGAAUAGUUUUAAACCUCUGUUGAACACAAAAGAAGAUAUUUUGAAGAAUGGUAGUUGAUGGCACACAUUGACCUCUAUAGUAUGGGGUAAAAAUUACUAUGGAAGUCAAUGGGUGUGCACCAACAUUUUUCAGAACAUCAUCUUUUGGGUUUACCAAGAAACUCAAAUAGAUUUAUGAACAAAUGCGUGAGUAAAUGAGGGCAGAAUUGACAUUUUUGGGUGAAAUAUCCAAAUAUUAAUAUGUAAAAUGUGCAAUUACAAUCAAAUGCAAAUAUAUACCACAAUACUACUAUACUCAAUUUCACCAAUGGCAGAUUGCACUGGCAGUUUUGUAAUAAAAGGAGUUUUGUGUAUGCAGAAAAAGCUCUUAUAUGCCAUCUCAUAUGAGAUAAGUGCUAUGGCUUUAAGUGAGACUGGAAAUGCAUGAGAUGAAAUCAGUUUAUAUAUGCCCAAACAGACUUGCUUUAUCUAUCGAGUGGGCUUCAGUGAUGUAGCAGAAAUGAAACCGUACAGUAGGACUUUAUCAGUAAGAGAAUCAGCAUGAAUCCACAUCAUAUGCAUGCAGAACGGCAGAAAUUAGAGAUGGCUUUCUGAACUAGAAUGCAUGGUUGUAUGCUUGACCAGCCCAUCAUGCAACUCUUCAGCUUUCAGCAUUUUUUAUUUUCUCUGUGGUCAGCGGCUUUGCUUUUUUUAAAUGUAACUAAUGGUCAAUCGAUCAUGACGUAGUCUAGGAUUACAGAUGGACCAGUGGUUCCUCAGACUGUUUCUUUUUGGAAACUUUUGUCUCACCUUUUGCUCCAAACCGAAGUCAAGUGUUUCUAUUCUCAGUGUUUCUACAAGCUAUCAUCUGAAAUCUCUUUCUCAGAGAAGUCAAACAAAUAAAAAUGUAUUUAUUACAUGAUGAA